AAGAAAGGCAAAGGGGGUGGGCUUAUUGCUUUCAUUUACAGUUACAAAAAAUACAGAAGGGAGAAGUUUAGAGAACGAGAUGAAAAUAAGAGGACAAUCACAGAGAUACAAUUAGUAAGUGAGUAAAGGAUUAUCAUCAACCAUGGCUCCUUGGACAAGGACUACUGCAGAGCGGUUUGGUGUGGUAAAAUGGAAUUUUGCUGGCCAAGGAGACAGGCAACUUUCCCUCAAAGUAGGAGACACGGUUUACAUCCAGGAGGUUUGUGAUGGGUGGUAUCGAGGCUACUUGGCCAGGAACAAAGCCCAGCAUGGAGUGUUCCCUGCUAGUUUUGUCCACCUUAAAGAAGUCAUCAUUGAAAAACGGGGCAAUCAGGACGUGGUGAUGUCUGCAGAGAUGCCCUUGGUGAAGGAGGUGACCACCACAUUAAGAGAGUGGGGAAGCAUCUGGAAACAGCUAUUUGUGGCUAACAAAGAGGUGCGUGUGAAACAGGUCCAGAGACUGAUGUGGGAACUGAUGGAGUGGCGUUCUCAGCUACUGUCUGGCACUUUGCCUAAUGAUGAAUUUAAAGAGCUCAAGCAGAAAGUUACUUCCAAGAUCGAUUACGGCAACAAGAUCCUAGAGCUGGACCUCGUUGUUCGAGAUGAAGAUGGGAACAUCUUGGACCCAGAGAGGGCUAAUGUCAUUAGUCUCUUUAGGGCACAUGAGGAGGCAACAACCAAGAUAAAUGAACGUAUUAAAGAAGAACAGUCCAACAUCCAGACAGAUCACAGUGGUAUCUCAGCACGGAUCCAAUCUUCCCCCACCCACAGCCUGUACGUCUUUGUCAGGAACUUUGUGUGUCGCAUUGGAGAGGACUCUGAGCUUUUCAUGUCCUUGUACGAUCCCAACAAGCAGGCCAUCAUCAGUGAGAACUACUUGGUUCGUUGGGGCAGCAGCGGUUUCCCAAAAGAGAUUGACAUGCUCAACAACCUGAAGGUUGUCUUUACAGACUUGGGGAACAAAGACCUGAGCAGAGAGAAGAUUUAUCUGAUCUGUCAGAUAGUGAGAGUGGGCAAGAUGGACCUGAAAGAAACAAACAAGAAGUGCACGCUAGGCCUCAGGCGGCCUUUUGGGGUGGCAGUGAUGGACAUAAGUGACAUCAUCAAGGGGAAGAUUGAAUGUGAUGAGGAGAAGCAGUUUUUCAUCCCCUUCUUCCCGGUAGUUGCAGAAAACGACUUUCUUCACACCUUGCUGAACAAAGUGACAGCAUUGCGAGGAGACAGUGGUGGCCAAGGUCUGUGGGUGACCAUGAAGGCUCUGGUGGGUGACAUAGUUCAGAUCCGGAAGGAAUACCCUCACCUGGUGGACCGUAGCACGGUUGUUGCCCGCAAGCUGGGCUUCCCAGAGAUCAUUAUGCCAGGAGAUGUUCGCAAUGACAUCUACCUCACCUUACAGGGUGGCGACUUUGACAAGUACAACAAGACAACACAGAAAAACGUGGAGGUCAUAAUGUGGGUCUGUGAUGAGGAGGGCAAAGUCAUACAGAACUCCAUCUGUCUGGGAGCAGGGGAUAAGGCGGUCAGUGAGUACAAGUCUGUCAUCUACUACCAAAUCAAACAGCCCCGCUGGAUGGAGACAUUUAAGGUGGCAGUGCCUCUAGAAGAAAUGCACAGAAUUCAUUUGCGCUUCAUGUUCAGACACCGUUCCUCACAGGAGUCCAAAGAUAAGAGUGAGAAGAACUUCGCUAUGGCAUUUGUGCGUCUGAUGAAAGAUGAUGGGACAGUUCUGCAGGAUGGACUGCAUGAUCUUGUCGUCUUCAAGGGUGACAGCAAGCGCAUGGAAGAUGUAAACUCCUACUUGUCUUUGCCCUCGACUCGUCACCACCAAGGUGACACCCACAAGGGGUCAGGGCUGAGUCGCAGCUCCAGCAGUGUGUCUGGAAGUGGAGGGGGCCUGUCAGUAAGCUCCAGAGACAGCUUCACCAUCUCCACCCUGGUCUGCUCCACUAAACUCACCCAGAAUGUGGGCCUUUUGGGGCUGCUCAAAUGGAGAACUCGACCUGAACUCCUCAAAGAAAACCUGGAAAAACUCAAAAUCAUUGAUGGAGAGGAGGUUGUGAAGUUUCUGCAAGACACCCUUGAUGCUUUGUUCAACAUCAUGAUGGAACACUCCCAGACUGAUGACUAUGACAUCCUUGUGUUUGAUGCCCUGAUACAUAUCAUAGGCCUGAUUGCUGACAGAAAAUUCCAGCACUUCAACACAGUUCUGGAGGCCUACAUCAAGCAACAUUUCAGCGCUACACUCGCAUACAAAAAGCUGAUGUCGGUGUUGAAGAGGUAUCUGGAUGUGUCAAGUCGAGGAGAGCAAUGUGAGCCCAUCCUCCGCACCCUUAAAGCCCUCGAGUACAUCUUCAAAUUCAUUGUUCGUUCACGCAUGCUCUAUUCCCAGCUCUACGAGGGGAAGGAGCAGGGCGAGUUUGAGGAGUCGCUCAGGAGGCUUUUCGAGUCUAUCAACAACUUGAUGAGAACAGACUACACCACCACGCUGUUGCUCAGGGUUGCUGCUCUGAAGUACCUGCCAACAGUCCUGCAUGACGUUGAGAAAGUAUUUGAUGGCAAACUCCUGAGUCAGUUGCUGUAUGACUUUUAUUCCUGCAUCCCACCGGAGAAACUCCAAAAACAAAAAGUGUCCUCAAUGACUGAAAUUGUCAGCAGCCAACUUUUCCAGAAACAAGAAUGCCGUGAUGUGCUCUUACCUAUGAUGUUGCGGGAGUUGAGUGGGGCACUGGCAAGCAUGGCUGACGGCCCACAUGAUGAGAGAAGAAAUAGUCUGGAGCUGCUCAACAACAUUCUGGAGGCCCUCAGUAGAAAUGAUGUGGGAGAAACAUUUCAACAUAUCCAGGACAUUGUGGUCACUCUGCUAAGAAUCAUCAAUCAGACAGUCAUCACAAUGGGUCGAGAGCACGCUUUGAUCUCAAGAGUUGUUGCAUGCAUGACAGCUAUCCUCAGUCAGAUGGAUGAUCACCAUUAUGAUAAAUACAUAGAAACCUUCACGGGAACAUCUGAUCUGGUUGACUUCCUGAUGGAGUCCUUUCUACUUUUCAAGGACCUGAUUGGGAAGCACGUGUAUCCCUCCGACUGGAUGGCCAUGAUUAUGGUGCAGAACAGAGUGUUUCUGAGAGCCAUCAAUACUUAUGCUGACACCAUGAACCAAAAGUUCCUAAAUAAUGAUGACUUUGAAGUGCAGCUGUGGAAUAACUACUUCCACUUGGCGGUGGCAUUUAUUACCCAGGAGUCUCUGCAGCUUCAGCACUUCUCACCAACCAAGAGGAACAAGAUUCUGAUCAAAUAUGGUGAUAUGAGACGGCUCAUUGGCUUUUCUAUACGUGACAUCUGGUACAAACUUGGAAGUCAUAAGAUCUGUUUUAUCCCUGGCAUGGUGGGUCCGAUCCUGGAGAUGACGUUGAUCCCUGAUGAGGAGUUGAGAAGAGCCACUAUUCCCAUCUUCUUUGACAUGAUUACCUGUGAAAAUGCACAGUUUGGAAACUUCCAAAAGUUUGAGAAUGAGAUCAUUCUGAAGCUGGAUCAUGAGGUGGAAGGUGGAGAGGGAGACGAACGAUACAUGCAACUACUAGAAACCAUCUUGCUGGACUGUGCUGCUGAGAAACCUGCGCUGAAGCCACAGGUGCAGCACUUUGUCUCCUUGGUGAAGGGUCUCCUCAUCCGUCUCCUUGACUACCGUACCGUGAUGAGCGAUGACAGCCGCAAUAACCGCAUGAGCUGCACUGUCAAUCUUCUGAACUUUUACAAGGACAUCAAUCGUGAAGGAAUGUAUAUCAGGUACUUGUACAAGCUGAGAGACCUUCAUCUGGAGGGUGAAAACUACACAGAGGCAGCCUACACCUUGCUGCUCCACUCUCGUCUGCUAAAGUGGUCAGAUGACAUGUGCAGCCCUCAAUUUGAGUUCCACGGCUCCCAAACACAACGACAACUCAAAGAAACCCUCUAUGACACCAUCAUUGACUACUUUGACAAGGGAAAGAUGUGGGAAGAGGCCAUCACUCUGUGCAAGGAACUAGCAGAGCAGUAUGAAAACGAAAUCUUUGACUAUGAGUUACUCAGCAAGAGAUUGGAAAAACAAGCCAGGUUCUAUGAGAAUAUUAUGAAGAUUUUGAGGCCCAAGCCGGACUACUUUGCUGUGGGCUUCUAUGGACAAGGCUAUCCUCCGUUCCUCAGGAACAAGGUGUUUAUCCACCGGGGUAAAGAGUAUGAACGCAGAGAGGACUUCCAGAACCAACUGAUGAGCCAGUUUCCCAGCGCUGUGCGUCUCAACAUGACCACAAUGCCAGGAGAUGACAUCAUGAACUCUCCACAUCAGUAUAUCCAGUGUUUCACAGUGCAGCCAGUCCUGGAGAUCCCUCCUCGUUUGAAGAACAAACCUGUCCCCGACCAGAUCAUCAACUUUUACAAGUCCAACUAUGUGCAGCGUUUUCACUAUUCCAGACCUGUGAGGAAAGGACCUGUGGACCCAAACAACGAGUUUGCUUCCAUGUGGAUUGAACGUACAACUUUUACUACUGUGUACAAGCUGCCCGGGAUCCUGCGCUGGUUUGAGGCUACAGACAUGAAACACACAACCUUAUCACCGCUAGAGAAUGCCAUAGAGACCAUGGAGUCCACCAAUGAGAAGAUUCUGACCAUGAUAAACCAAUACCAGGCUGACUGGAGCCUUCCCAUCAACCCCCUCUCCAUGCUUCUCAAUGGAAUUGUGGACCCGGCAGUUAUGGGCGGCUUUGCCAAGUAUGAAAAGGCAUUCUUCACUGAAGAAUACACUCAGCAGCACCAAGAGGACAGAGAUAAACUGCUGCGGCUCAAAGACCUCAUCGCAUGGCAGAUCCCAUUGCUGGGUGGAGGAAUCUCCCUCCACGGGAAGAGAGUAACAGAUGACCUGCGUCCUUUCCAUGAGCGCAUGGAGGAGUGUUUCAAACAGCUCAAGAAGAAAGUAGAGAAAGAGUAUGGUGUGAGAGAGUUGCCUGACCUGGAUGAGAGAAAGUCCACUCGUCCUCGCUCCAUGCUACGCUCCUUUCGGCAGUCCAUAAUCUCGAUUUCCUCUCUGCAGGGAUCUGAAUGUGGAACGCCAACGAAGUCCCAUGCAGACAAGGACUUUCCACCUGAAUCUCCAAACUCCUGGUCCCUGCAGCGUUCCAGUGGCAGUGUUAGUAUGAGCACAGUGGAGGAAGGAGUGGUGACGGUGGGUGAUGCAGAGGUCAGACUGAGGAAGAGCAAGAAGAAGAAGAAAAGGAGCAGCAUGAUCUUCAUCACAGAGGAGAGAGAAAGGACAAGCACGCUGGACUGCAAGCGGCUGUCCAAGAAACAGGAGUUCCGCAGUGACACCAACUUGUCUGAGCCAAAUGAAGGAAAUGUGUUGCUGACCAAUGCCAACUCCCGAUCCCUGCCAACUAUCACAGGACUGUCCUUGUCAGUAGCUGGGACAGAAGAGGUGGACUCAUCCAGAGCCAAGAGGGACAGUAAGAGCAUAUCAGUUUGUGGGACCUCUGACCGAACAGCAGACAGACGCUCAAAGGGCGUCAUUAACCUACUCUUCAAGUCCAAGAGUUCCAGAUCAGAGGAUGUGAAGCCCAGCGACUCAAGCAAAGACAAUAACAGUCAUUUCUGAUUUUUUUUUCUUACUGAUUUGCAUACUUUUACAUGUUUGUUUUAAAAAAAAAAACAAAAAAAACAAACCUGAAAUGAAAACCCUGACAUCACCUAGUCAGUCUUCAUGUCCCUUUUGCUUUAUUAUGAUGGAUUUUAUCUAUCAAUAAAGUUUAUUUUUGUUGAAUAA